CCCGAAGGUUCCCUCUUUAUCACUACACUGAACAAAACUCAGCUCUCCUAUAUUUUUGGCAUUGUUGUUGCUGAGAAAUUACUGGGUAUUGUUCCAGUAGGCACUCAUGACUGGGACAAAUUCAUAUCACCUGAAGAGUUAGAGCGUCUUCUGGAAUCAAAUGGUUUUUCAGUUAAGGUGGUCAAAGGCAUGUUAUACAACCCUCUUUUUGGAUCCUGGAGCUGGACUGGAAACACUAGCAUUAACUAUGCACUCCAUGCAAUUAAAUCAAGCAUGCACGAACAACAGGAUCUGAAGGAAGCCUCCACAGAGCAUCAACAAACAGAAGCUAACAUCAGAACUGCUAGCUAAGACAAAGUGUAUAGUUGCUACGGAAGCACGGAAGAAGAUGUGAUAAAUAGCUGUGAUAAAUAAGAAAGGGGCAAGCAAAAUAUUUGCUGCCAUCUGAGCACACAUGCUAGAGGAAUUAUUGUUCAUAGUAUCAGAUAUUUGUGGGUACUGGCUGGAAGUCUGAAAUAAUUGUCAGAAUGAUUGCUUUUAAGACUUUAGAAUUAUUGGUUUUUAUUGCCAUUUAUAAAAUCAUUACAUUCAACAAAUGGUCUGUUUUUAAAUGUAAAAUCGUAUACACCACUUUGCUUAUUUUUUUCAGGGUUAACUUUGAGCAUGAAGUUAC